GCUGGUGGGAGACACUACACACUGCACGCCAGCCACCGUUGUCCAAGCGACCCGGGCAGGCUUCAGUUACAGCUCGCCGUCCGUGCUGAACAGUUGCACACGUGUCCCGCCGCGUUCUUAUCAAACUCUCCUGUGACUGUGACUGUACGUGCACCUGUGUGUAAUUCGACAGAACAUUGCCCAGGUAGCCGCCAGCCAGGUAGCCAGCUACUACCAACUAACACUCUCCCUCCAGGCCACUAAAACCGUGCCCAAGUGACGGGGAUUAGGCGUAAGCGGCAGAACAGUGUGUAAGUGUGUGUUUUCUGUGUCCAGUGUGUGUUUGUAUGUGCGUGCAGUGUAUGUGCUAGUGCCGCGAACCUCCUCGUUGAAAGUGAAGGUGAACGGCGUCCGUGUGCCUAUCUAGUUGAACGGCGGUAGUGUGUAGGAGAAGCAGAAGUGGAAGAAGGAAAAGAAGAAAAAAAAAACACCCCGUGCUAAAAAGGCUUGCAAACGCGCGUGCUCACUACAAGGGAAGGCGGCUGCUACAACGUGUGGCGAAGCCCCCAACCCGCUUUCAUCACACUUUUGCACCGCACCCUUCCUCGAUCCGCACCCGUGCCUAAUCACAGCCGCUACUAACGCCGCGAGAGAAAAAAAGGGGAGGCCCAGACAAGAACGGCAGGCGCACGCACACACACACAGCAACAACGGCUCCAACAUGACUGCGGUGGAAGUGAUAUCCGGCUACAAAUACUAUGGCAAGGCGAACGAUCCCAACAAAAAGAUCGUUCUGAAUCAUCUCAACAUGAGCGUUACCCGCGGCUCGAUUUACGGGCUGCUCGGCGCUUCCGGUUGCGGCAAAACGACACUCCUCUCCUGCAUCGUUGGCCGAAAGUUUCUCAACGAUGGCGAAAUCAACGUGCUCGGGGGCACACCGGGCACGGCCGGAUCGGGCGUACCCGGGCCCCGGAUCGGCUACAUGCCGCAGGACAUCGCGCUGGUCGAGGAGUUCACCAUCAAGGAAACGAUCUACUACUUCGGCCGAAUAUACGGCAUGUCGAAGGAAAAGAUCCGCGAGCGGUACAAACUGCUGAAGCAUUUGCUCGAGCUGCCCGGUGACGAUCGGUACGUUGGCAACUGUAGCGGUGGCCAGCAGCGGCGUGUGUCGUUCGCUGCCGCCAUGGUGCACGAGCCGGAGCUGCUCAUACUGGACGAGCCGACCGUCGGGCUGGAUCCGCUGUUGCGCGAAAAGAUAUGGCAGUACCUGGUCGAGACGACCAGUACAAGCAAAAUGGCUGUGAUUAUAACGACCCACUACAUCGAGGAGGCCAAGCAGGCGGGUUUUAUCGGGCUGAUGCGUAACGGCAUUCUGCUGGCGGAGGACUCGCCCACCAACAUCCUGGAGCGGUUCUCCUGCACGUCGCUCGAGGAGGCCUUUCUUAACCUCUGCCAGAAGCACGGCCCUUCGGAGGAGGCCGACCGUACCACACACCAAACGGCGACGCUGCGGGCAAUUGCUGGCGCCCAGGACCUGAAGAAGGUGAUACCGGCGCUGGGGACGAACGAGCAGAAGGCCAAGGACGGCGGCGGUGGUGGCGGUGGCGGGGGCCUGUUUGCGGAAAAGCGAAAACCGCUCACCAGCACAAUCAAGGAGCUGGUCAGCUUCACCAGCAAGCGGCGCAUGAAUGCACUGCUGUCGAAGAACUUUCUGCAGAUGAUCCGACAACCGGCUGGGAUGGUCUUCCUGUUCCUGUAUCCGAUAUUUCAGCUGGUAAGCUUCUACGUCGCAGUCGGCGGCAACCCGAAAGAUCUGCGGCUCGGUAUCGUGAACGAGGAGCUGACCAACAUACGGCAGUGCUUCAACGAGUCGCUCAUCACCACCUACUACCGCGAGGACUACGACUGUGAUCUGUACAAGGUGUCGUGCAGGUUUUUGGAGAAGCUUAACCGGAGCGUUGCGAUACAGGAAUACUACGACACGUACGAGGAUGCGUAUCGCGAUGCACGCAAGGGCAAGAUCCUGGGCUUUAUCCACUUCUCGGAAAACUUCACCGAAUCGCUGCAGGACGUGCGGGACAAUGUGCGGGACGCGGACGACGGUUCGUUCCACACGUCCGAGAUCAAGGUGUACCUGGACAAGUCGGACCAGCAGAUCACGUUCUUCAUCGAGAAGAAGCUGCUGCAGACGUACCGGGAGUUUGCGGAAAGCCUCAUGACCGACUGCCGGCUGCCGAAGCAGCUAGCCAACAUACCGAUCACGUUCGAGACGCCCGUGUACGGCACGUUCGACGAGGAGUUUACCGACUUCAUGGCACCGGGCGUCGUUAUGACGAUGAUCUUCUUUCUGGCCACGCUAAUUACGGCCACAAUCUUCAUCACGGACCGGUUGGAGGGUGUUUGGGAUCGGACGAUCGUAGCCGGCAUUACGGCGCUGGAACUGCUGCUUGCGCACAUCAUCACACAGACGUCCAUUAUGCUGCUCCAGUGCAUAGAGAUCAUUCUGCUGGCCACCUUCUUGUUCGAUGCCCAGAACCAGGGAAGCAAUAUCACGGUGGUCGGGUUGCUGAUGCUGUUGGGCUUUGCGGGAAUGUUGUACGGCCUUCUAAUAUCCAUCUUUUGUGAUGCGCACUCAACCGCCAACUUUAUGGCGACCGGUAGCUUCUACCCAAUGAUCAUCCUGUGCGGGAUCCUGUGGCCCCUGGAGGGCAUGCCCCAAUAUCUGCAGUACGUCGCGUACUGCUUCCCGUUCACCAUCCCGUCGAUAGCGGUGCGGAACGUCCUGACGAAGGGUUGGAGCAUUACCAACUCGCAGGUCUACAUGGGAUACGGUGCGGUCGGCGUGUGGAUCAUCAGCUUACUAUUGCUGUGCCUGCUUGGUUUGAAGAUAAAGAAAUGAUCAUGCAAGCGUUAUGCGGUCCAAGGGGGCCAUUUAAGGGUGAACCAUUUUGUGGUAAAAGCUAUAGAUAUUAUUUAAUGUAUUUGAUACCAAUCCGGGGCGAAGGAACAGUGGGGUAGCAUCCCCCAAAGGCCCGCCCUAGGCCACUGGUUUCGGGAGAGGGCUAACACUUACAUUGGCAUCCCUCCCUUCCCCUUGCCAUUCCCUUGCUUUCCCCAAGUGUCCUUAUCCUUCGCAGUAGUGAGUGCUGGCGGAUCCCUCCCCAAAAUCCCCCUAGCGAGUAAGAAUGUGCACACGCACGGGUUUACGGGUUGUAUAGGAAUGCUUCUAAUCCAACCCCAUGUCCCAAUCUGCUCAACCUGGUCACCGACCUGUCCCCGGACAGGAGACCCAAUUUGGCUAAUUUAAUCAGCGCGUGUGAAUGUUUGUUGUAUAUAUAGGACUGUAUAUUGUUAGCCGGCUGCGCAAUACAUUUGGCGCAGCGCCGCAAAUCUUACAAACGUGCAGCAGUGUUGGGUUUUGUGUUUUCUCUUCCUUAGCGUAACGUAAUAUCUUAGUCAUAGGACGACGGCGAGGAACGAACGAUCCUCGAGAAGCAGAAAUGUGUAACAGUGAGCAGAAAGCUAAGGAAGUUUGUGCAACAAAAACCGAGAUAGAGGACGCAAUCUAGCAGUAUAGGGGCGGGCAUACAGUAUGAAUAGCAGAGCCGGUAGAGCUGUAAGGUUUCCGUGUUGGAGAGUCUGUGUCCUAGGUUAAGAAACUGUUUGUACUAUGUUUUUUGCUUAUUUUGUGGUAUGUAAUGAAAAAAUAAACAGAAAUGCAUACAAAGGAA